UGUGUGAAUUUUUCCAGGCCUCCGUCCUAGUCUUCGGCGUGUUGACGGAGUUGGUUAACGCUUUACAGCAGCAGCAGCAGACACCAGUCGCAUUACCAAUGUCGUCGCCGUUCGUACAUGUUGUGCCCGCGUCCGUAUUCGUGUCUGUACUGUGAGCGCGUACCCACCGUGUUCGUCAUUAACGCUGUUUACACACGUUUUUGCCCGUUGUAGUGACGUAGCUGUAAUCACGGCACAUAUCGCGUUGUGUCUCACAUUUUUACUUGAAGAAUUUAUUGCAACACAAAGGAAAUAUUAACACACGUGUGACGGAAGUGCCCCGAGUUUAGUGCAAGCGCCUGGGCGCCAAUGUGACAGAAAGUGCCCGCGUACCGUUAACUAGUUAGCCAACGCCGUCAAUCGCCAUAGUCGUAGACAAUACGUGGUGCGUUGAAGCGUGUGUCUUUUGUUUGAGCGGAAAAUAGGAAUAUUGAAGAAAAUAGGCGCCGGUGGUCAUUUGCUAUUUGGCGUGCUUAAUCAAUCUGACAAACACCUCCGUGACGCACACACAUAUAUCCUCCGAUAUAUAUAUAUGUAUGUGUGAAAUUCUUAAAGCAUUUCUAUGCUGGCGUUCAGUCCGACAGCAGUGAAACAGUGUUACUGUGCUGUGGUGAGCUGAAGCAUGCCACAACAUUGAGACAACCGACAUAUACGCUUACUCACACAUACACACACACACACAUACAUACGUUGAGUGAAGCAGUGGAGCGUGCUUGUGCUUUACGGUCGAAGUGAUUUAAUUGAUUCCAUGCCAUUCAAUUCGGUGCCAUACAAUGCUACAAGAUAAUUCGUUUGCCAUUCAAUUAAUUUCUGUCUGUGGUGAAAAUUGUUGUUGCGCUGCGGAUGAGCAAUAAAUUGACAAAAAGCGAAAGUUGAAAUUGUCUGCAUACAAACACAGUGAUGUGCAAGCUCCAAAGAGUGAUAUGUGUUUCAAGCAUGUAAGUGUGUGCUCCAUCGUUGAGGAACAUAUAAAAUAGAAAUAAUAUACAAACAUACAUACUGUUGUGUGUGCAGUGGACAGUGCUGGUGUUUGGCUUAGUUUGGAGCAUAAAAUGUAAAGUGCAUUUAAGCGCCACAAGCCAAUCCGUUUUAUUUUUCCAUAUGCAUUUAAUUGAUACUGUCUACGGUUUGGCUAUUAAAGAGGUGCGGGCUGGUGAAGUGCGACGCCUAAGCGCUGCCUGAGUGGAUUCCUGGAAAUUGUGUGACAAAUUAAAAUAAAAAUUGCGCUUGCAACGCAAAGUGUUUAGAAAGCUAAAAAGCGCAGUGACAACUAAGAAAGACGAGAACGUAAUGGUGUUUUGUGAAAAAGCUUAAGUUAAAAAAAAUCUAAUAAAGUAACUCUUAGUAUGCUGCACAGUUUCCUUAGUAUCGACUUAUGCUGUUUUGAAGAUUAAACAGGUACAUACCACUACAUGAGUUCAAUGCUAAAUUAUGCAAACAUAUCUGUAUAAAUUCGGCGAGCAAAUAAGCAAAUGAACCAUAACAAUAAAUCGCAAGUCCUUUGAGAGAAUGCUAACACGAUAAAACGGCAGCAUAGUGCCAUUGCAGUGGUGCGAAAGCGAACGGGGAGAGUGGACAGCGGAGGCAGCUGAGCAAAUACAAAUAAGAGAGGCAAACGUAACGGUAACGCAGCCAAGCGGCAAAAAAGGCGCAAGCAAUGCUGGAUGACCGAACAAUUCAAAAGUAGAAUAGUGGUGUGGCCGUGUGAAGUGCACAAAAAUAUAAAUAAAUUGUGAAGUGAAUACACCCAGACAUAUAUACAUAUGUACAUAUAUGCAUGUGUAAGUAAGCAUGCAGCGACAGGCUAAUCCGCUAGGACCAAGAGAAAUUUAUCGAUAAUCGCGGCAAGAACUCCGACAUUAGCUACGCAAAUGAACUGAAAAGGCCAAAGUGUGCAAUGAAAAUACCGAAAAACAAUAAGUAACAACUACAACAACAACAACGAAAACAUAAACUGAACUAACAACCAAAACAUAAGAAAAACGGACCAUCGAACAAAAGUAGUGCAAAUACAGCAAGCAACAAAGUAUAUAAAUACACAGCAACAACACUUGAACGCACCAACGAACACGAAGGCCAUAAAAGUGCCGAAGUGGCAAAGUGGCAGUCAAACUAUGAGCAGCGCGCAAUAAAACUUGAAGUCAGUUUAUUUGUGCGCCUAUCGGCGCAAUCGACAACGGCGCGGGGGUGUAUGUAGAAGCUGAAGUGAUGCUUGCAAACUGUCGUGCACACACACACACACGCGAACAUUGCUCAAAAGCAAAGUGAGUCAAGCGCACUGAAGUGCCACUGAAAAUUCGUAAAACAUAAAACAAUCGUAAAGCAGGCCGUCUACAAGCGACGCGCAGGUCUUACGGCCCAUCCAUUCGGUUCAAUAAAACUGUGCAAUAUAAUUUUAUACAAAUAUCUUGUUAUUGUUUCAGUUUUUAUGGCAUAUUAUUUAUGUUCCGUAGAUUCGGCAUUUUCGAAGAGGAAGUGACACAAAUAGACUGUGCUGAAAUAAAAUGAACUAAAACAAAAUAAAUAAUACACACACACACACAUUCGAGUAAGUAAAAUAUAACAAAACGGCAUUGUGCCGACGUGAAAAAUAUUGAAACUGACAGUGGCAGCAUGAUAGUCGUAAGAAAGGCUGACAGCCAUCAUAAUAAUUACUUUCACACGCGCAACAAUAACAAAAAUUACAAUAAUAAUAAUAACAAAAACAACAAUAGUAGUAGUAAUAGUAAAAAUAACUACAACAACUAUAAUUUUAAUAAGAAUCACAACAACAAAUCGCUGUUAACCCCACUGCCGACAGUGCUUGAAGUUUGUGGCAGCUAUUGUUGCAACAGCAGCCUGAUCUGGCAGUUGGUGGCACACAGUUGGUGAGCAGCAACGCAGUGCAAUGAACUGAGGUGCGAGGAGUUGACGCCGUUUCCGUGUGAAUAGACAAGAGUUUAGUGCAUAAAUCCGCAAUGCGAAUACAGUCAGUCCCACCAACAACAACAACAAGUAUGUCCAUUACACAAACACAAGUGAGUGAGUGCAACACUGGCGUAAAGUAGAAAGACGAAGCAAGCCAAAAGAGACACAUAUAUAUACCAAUACAUACAUACAAAUAAUUCAAAGGUGCCAAGCAACGUUAUAGCAGAGCGUUAGCUGCGCAGCAGCGUCCAUUGUAAAAAGAAAGUUUGUGAAAUUGUGAAUUCCGUGAAUCGCGUGUAUCCCUAGGCGCCACAGCAGCGUCAAUAGCAGCUGCAGCAACCACCGCACUUACUAGCACACACAUACACCGGCACAGCGACAGACAGCAUGCAUUCGCGCCAGCCAGACGUGCGCGCGCCAAUGUGGCAACAGCUGCUACCAGCUGUCAUUUUCUCGCUUCUUAGCAUAGUACCCCUCCAUGCCGAAGUUGUCGAUUUGACGCCACAAUACAGCGCCUCACCCGCCGUCUUAACCAGCAGCAGCAGCAGCGUCACAGUGGCUGCCACAUCCGCGGCGACAGUGUCGGCCUUCGUAGAACCCUACUUGGAGGGCUAUGCCUCAACAAACGUAACCGCACAGAUCGGCACGCACGCGUAUUUGCCAUGUCGGGUGAAGCAGCUCGGCAACAAAUCAGUGUCCUGGGUGCGCGUGCGUGAUGGUCAUAUACUCACCGUUGACAGAGCCGUCUUCAUUGCAGACCAAAGAUUUCUGGCGCUAAAGCAACCGGACAAAUUCUGGACGCUGCAAAUAAAAUACGUACAAGCAAGAGAUGCGGGCGCCUACGAGUGUCAAGUGUCAACGGAGCCAAAAGUUAGCGCCCGAGUGCACUUGCAAGUGGUUGUGCCACGCACCGAAAUUGUCGGCGGACCCGAACGUUUAGUGAAGGCGGGCAGCACUGUCGUGUUGCGCUGUAUCGUUCGCGGUGCCCUGGAGCCGCCCACCUUCAUCAUGUGGUAUCACAGUACGGAGCAAAUCACCAGCGAUUCAACACGUUAUCGCACACAAGUUGACCGAAAUAUACCCGAAAUUGAAGGCGAUGCCCAUAGUACGACCGGCUCAUUAAUCAUUGAAUCAGCGAAAAAACGUGAUAAUGGCAAUUACACAUGUAGCCCGUCAAAUAGCCCCAGUGUGACUGUGAUGCUCAACGUUAUAAAUGGUGAAUCAUCCGCAUCAGCUGUCACUUCAUCCGCUCCAGUACGAAAAGCGUACACAGCCUGCAUACUGGCCAUGCUCUUCAGUAUCGUUAUAAUUGGCGGACACAACACAUGACAUGUUAAUUUGCAAAAGCAACAAAAACAGCAACAACACGAAGGCGAAGAUGAGAAACAAAAGCGCAUAAAGCAAAAUAAAUCAAUACAGAUUGUACGCACGCAAAACAAGAUGACAAUGAAAAGUUGCACAAAGAGCAAUUUUUGUGCACAACAACACUCGACUAAAAUAAAGGUAACAUUGUUGCAACAACAACAACUGGGCGGUGCAGUACAUUAAUGCGGCAAAGAAAAAAACUAAAAAAGAUUUCUUCUUUAACUUGUAAGUUUAUAUAGGCAACCGUAUCCAUAGAUAUUAGAUGCAAAAACAAAAAGAAUAACACAUAGAUUUGUGUGUACAACAAGCGGCGGCUAAGCAAACAACAACAAGAAAAACAAAUAAAAACGAACAAAAACACACAAUAAGCAGUAAAAGAAAUAAACAACCGAGUAGGCUAAGGACUAAGCUGCAUUUGUUGUAGCGAUUGUUGUUGUUGUUGUAGCGGAGUGUAAAAAACCCACAAAGCAGCAAAUAAGGCACACAAGAAACAGCAGAAAAGCAUGCCAACAAUAGGAUGUAGGCACAAACAUACGUACGCUUAAACAACAACAAUACACAUACACACAAAUAUACCAACAUACACACACACAUACACGCGCG